AUGUACAGUGGGAGCGGGAGGCAAGGGAUAAUGAUUGAAGCGAGCGAGGUAGGGUAGAUUAGAAAGAUGUAUGUCGUUAGAAAGUAUAAUAAAUUCCGGCAAGGGCUCCUGAGUUAACCUGAAAGAUCCAGUUUGCGAAAUAAAUGAAGACAGUAAGCAGCGCGAAGCUCGACUGGAUGUCGGAACCAUGUUAGAGCUGGUGAACAAAGUUACGAUAUUAUAUAGCGAGUCAUGGGAGGUAUCGGCCAAGAGAGACCAGACCUUGCUAAGCAAAACGGUUGGAGCCCUAAACCACACGUGCAAUCAAACGCAGCUUAUUUUUGAAGCCAUCAUGGCCAACCUCAUACGUUCCGCGAAAUGUGCGAGCGACUGGACGGAGUACAAGUUUUUUUUGGAAAUCCCACUUUGCAUGCACCCGCCGUAGAUCCUAUCAUUCUCAACAAUCUCGACAUGCCUCCUGGACCAAUAACCAAGUCCACUCGACUCUUCUUCACUUACUUGGACAACACCACGCGGCUAUUUCCCCCAGAUGCACGAAAGGAAGCGGCUGUCGAUGAUUUCGCCUCGUAUCUCCUUGGUUUGGCUAGACUAUGGAUGAACUCAAUCGUGUUAUACACCAGCGCUGGAUGGAGAUCGGCUUCACAAUGUGUGCUUGGAAAAUAGGCGCAUCAUUCUGCAGUGUUUUGAAGCCAACCGUGCCCCUUGAUGCUGACCGAUAAAUGUAUAGAUA